AGUGAAUUGAGUGAGUGAAGAUCAAAACGGAAAGAUGCAGUCGGAAAUUGUGCCCUUCUACCAGAACAAAACUGUCCUUGUAACCGGAGCCACAGGAUUUUUAGGCAAAGUGAUCACAGAAAAGUUACUGCGUUCCACGGAUGUGAAACGCAUAUAUUGCCUGAUGAGACCAAAACGAGGUGAGAACAUUGAAGGACGAUUCACCGCUUGGAAAAAUAAUAAGAUCUUUGAAGUUUUGCUCAAGUGCAAGCCCAGGGCCCUGGAAAUCGUAAAGCCAAUAGCUGGGGACUGCUGUGCACCGGGCCUGGGCCUCGCCGAAGCGGACCGAAGGACCUUGCUCACAGAAGUGCAGGUAGUCUUCCAUGGAGCCGCUUCCAUUAGCUUCGUGGAACCGCUGCACAAGGCGUUGAUUAUCAACACGCGGGCCGUACGUCUUAUGGUGCAACUGGCCAGGGAGAUGCGAUGCCUUGAAUCCUUUGUACAUAUCUCCACGACGUACUCCAACUGCGUGGUGGACACCAUCUACGAGCGCUUCUACCCCGAGCACCUGUCCUGUCCUGCGGAUAAGUUGCUCGAGCUAAAUGAAACUCUAAGCGCUGGACUAAUUGAUAAGAUGAGCAACGUGUUUCUGGGGAAAUACCCAAACACCUACACCUUCACCAAGGCUCUGGGGGAGCAAGUGAUUCAGGAGGAGGCAAGUGACCUGCCCAUCGGCAUUUUUCGGCCAGCCAUUAUUAUGAACAGCUACAAGGAGCCGUCGCCAGGUUGGAUUGAAGGCAUGCAAGGUUACAUCGGAGUCAUGUAUGGCAUAGCCUACGGCAUUUUGCGCCUGAUGAGAGCAAAUAUGAAAACAGUUUUUCCAGGGGUUCCGGUCGACUAUUGCGCCAACGUAGCUCUGGCUACUGGAUGGCAGCUGGCCAAGAAGGAACACACCGACCAAGCCCAGAGCAAAGUGCCGCCCAUUUAUGCCUUGUCUGUCAGUCAGUCGAAUUCGAUUCCGGUGGCUGAAGCCAUCGCCACAUCGUUUAACCGCCACACAGAAACGCCAAAUACCAAAAUGAUAUGGUACCCUUUAUUCCAUUGUACCACUUGCCCCUGGCUCUAUAGCGUUGGGAUAUACUUAUAUCACCUGAUACCAGCCUUCUUUAUGGAUCUCGCCCUGCGGCUGAGGGGUGAAAAACCGAUCAUGCUAAAUAUCUAUAAAAAGAGCCAUGAAAAUCUUUCUAUAUUUACGCCAUUCACCAGUAAAAAUUUCAACUUUGAUUCCACUAAUACACAGCAGUUGUGGCGGUUCAUGACAAGCGAGGAUAAGCAAAUCUUUGCCUUUGACAUGGAGAACUUGAACUGGCAGGAGUUUUUUAAGGUAAUCAUGGAUGGAAUACGACUGCAUAUGUUCAAGAUUCCCUUGACGGAGGAAUCCAUAGCGACCGGCAAGCGGAUGCUUUCUAGGUACUACGUAAUGCAUUUAUUCCUUACAUUUGGAAUAGUUUUGGUCUUAGGGACCCUGUCUUGGUUUCUGAUUAAAAUUUUUUAAUACAUAUAUAUUGUUGCAUCAAAGUUUAUUGAUAGUUUUGGAAUGAUAUGAAACUUUUAUUAAUACAAUAAAGAUCUAUGAAUUCAUUGA